AUGAGGAGAAAUAGUCCAGAGCAACACACACGACGUGCAAAUGCCAAGAGAGUAAAUUAUAAUGAGAAAGAUGCUGAUUUCGAAUUAUUGCAACGAAUUCAGAAGCUUGAGAAGGGCCUAACCAAAAAAAAUGGUAAAAAGCCUUCACCCAAACCUACCAAGUCCAAAUCUAACGAAAAUAAUAAAUCCUCAACAAACUUAAAUAGGAAAGAGUAUUAUAAAGUAUUAAAUGAUAAGAAGAAUUGGAAUUUUAUACCCACAUUGCCAACCAUAAUAAAAAAACAUAGUAGAUUUUCACAACUAUUAUAUCUGGAUGAUGCUAUGGUAGAUACAGAAAACCAAAUUUUAUCUAAUAAAGAUGGUAAACUCCUGAGUAAAAAUGAAACUAUUUACAUGGUUUCAGAACCACCAGGUGAGCCAUAUUAUAUUGGGAGAAUUGUAUGCUUUGAACCACUAGCUGAAUUUAAAAAUGAAAUAAAGUCAGCUCAAAAAAAUAAUAUAAGAAAAUUCCCUGCAAAAUAUUUUAAUUUAAGAAUGAACUGGUUUUAUCGUCCUAGAGAUAUUGAAGAAAAUUGGAGCAAUAGUGAUCCAAGACUAUUAUAUGCUUCAUUACACGAAGAUGUUUGCCCAAUUAUAUCAUUUAGGGGUAAAUGUAAUGUUUAUUUCAGCCCAAACCUUGUACUUGACACAGCUGAAGAUAAAGAAAACGUUGCCAAAAUAUUUACUAAUCCGAAUAACUUCCACUUUGAACAGUUAUUUGACAAAUACACAUCAUUAUAUUACACCAUAUGGGAUGUUAGUAAUUUAUUGCAUAUGCAUCCUAAAAGUGCAUUUUUAAAAGCUUUAAGUAAGCGUUUUAAAUACCUAUUCACUGAAGAUAAAUACCCUCUAGAAGAGAUAUUAAAGAAGUAUGUAAUUUCAGAAGGAAAUAUAAAUGUAGACGAAGAUAACAAGAAAAAUCGUUGGGACAUGAGAUGCACCGAAUGUAAAGGAUGGUGCCAAGCAACUAAAGGUAUAAAAUGUGAUGAUUGUGGAGUAGCAAUUCAUCUUGUGUGUAUGGAUCCUCCAAGAGAUAGAAAACCAAACAAAGGUGUAAUAUGGUUAUGUUAUAAUUGCGCCUUGAAAGAUAACGACGACGACACCUUGAUUGAUUGCGCUAAUAAAGAAAACAUUAAUAACAAACUCCUAAUAGAUCAAGGAAAAGCCAAAUUAUCAGAAAUAGCCAAUGAUUACUUAAAGACCAAGUUAGCUUAUAAUGUUGAGAAUAUUUGGUUUCAAUAUAUAGGGGAAGAUCUCAUAAACAAUAUUCAAGAUGUAUUGGAUCCAGAUAUCUUUCUUCCAUACCCAUUUAAACUUUCAAGGGUAGGACCUAGAUAUCAAUGGUCAAAAUGUUUAGAUAUGAAUACAUGGGAAAAGACGCCAUACUCAAUAUCAGAUGCCCAAACGCUCAAUGGAGAAACUAUCAAAUCCGAUAAAAACAAUGUUAUGGAGAGAGGUACAAAUUCAACUGUUGAACUGUUAUGGAAAUAUGAUGAAUCGAAAAUUACAGAAGAAGUGUUUAACAAUUACAUAGAAAAAUGUAAAAGUGAAUUUCCGGUUGCGUUAAAUAUAUUGCCACAAAGUGUGAACUUUCUCGAUAUGAUAUCUCAUAUUUUAAUGGAAAAUAAUUUUGAUGUUGAUAAUGCAUUUGAGCAAUGUAAAUUAGCAUUGACUAGGGAGUCAUUGAGAGAACCUUCGUUUACAAAAAAAGAAAUGCUUAAAUUCGAGGAAGCAGUUAAGGAACAUGGCAGUGAACUGUUUCAUGUAUGCAAAAAAGUUGAAACACAACCAAUGUCUAUGAUUGUGAGAUAUUAUUAUUAUUGGAAAAAAACUCAAAAUGGUAGACAAAUAUGGGGGAGUUUUAAAGGCCGUGCAAAAAAUAAGAAUAAAGCAAUAAACAAUAAAGAUGAAGUUAAUAGAAAAUUGAUUUCAACUAAUAGUGAUGGUACAGGUAAACCAGAGUCGAGACCGGUGAGGAAUAGAAAAUCUAGUAGAGUAGUUUUAGAAAAUAAAAAGCAAAUUAGUACAAACGACUUAGAAAUGAAAUAUAUAGAUGAUUCUUCAAUUGAAACUGAAAAUGUCUCUUCUUUGAAAUCAUGCUUUCAUUGCAUCUUCUGUAAUAUUGAUUAUUCUCCAAUCUGGUAUAAAGUCACAGGUGGCUCUGAUGAUGCAAACAUUAAAACUAAAAUACAAACAAAUUUUGGAGAUAAAACACAAAAGGGUAAACGGGAUUCGACCAAUUCUGAAUCAACAUGUAAUGAAGAGAGUAAACUUGAUGCAUUGUGUAUUCGUUGCACACGAUUAUGGAGAAGAUAUGCCGUGAAGUGGGAAAACCCCUUAACCAUUUUAAGAAUUAUGUAUGGCAAAAACAAUUCAAAUAUAUUAGCGGCUUUCGAUGGAAUUCUUACGGAACAUCCAAAUAACCUCUUCUUCUCCAAUCCUUUACUUUCUAGAGAGAAAUUAUUAGAGUACGAAUUGGUACAAGAUUCUGAGCUAAUUUUGAAACAAAAGGUGGAUAUAUUAAAUGAUGAAGAAAAGUUGCAAAAAAUAAUAAAGACAACAAUGUCUGUUCACUCUCAAUUGUUUAAAGCGCUUAAAAGACCACAUGUUAAAGGUUCCACCGAUAACAAAAUCUUGACCUUAGAGUUGAAUGAAUACAUCGAUACCAAUAUGAAAAAGAUUUUGAAGAAGAAGAAGAAAGAAGACGAUAAAGAGAAUAAAAAUGACCGUUUAGGUGAAUUAAAGAAAGGAAAACCAUUAAUUGAGGUACAGAUUAAGCAAGAACAAUUAAAUAAAAGGAAACCAGAAGCAAGUCAAGUUGAGAAUGAACGUCCUAUAAAGGUGAAGAAAACGCUAGCUACUGUCCAUAAUAUCGUUAAUAAAUACCAAGAAUUACUUGACUUGAACACAAAAUAUGGACACAAAUUAACUUCAAACAAUGGCAUUGAGGUUAACCUAUCAUCGAAGAACGAUAAUACAGGUUAUACUAUCAGUGUUAGUCCAGAGUUCAGGAAUAUUCAAAUUAACAAUUCUUUACACCAGCAUUUAAAUUCUUUAUUAUCAGAGAAUGUUAUCUCUCGAAAUAAUUUGCAGAUAGGCAAAAAUAAUUUAGACUUAAACUCAAAUAAAAAAUUAUCAAAAUCGAAGAAAACUACUUUCCUUCCAUUCAACAAUUCAUCGGAACCAUCGAUUUUCAAUGGUUCUGAUAUCAGUAGUAUAAUGAAAUUUUACCAUUGCUAUAAUCCUUCAUUUACUGAAUCUAACACAAGAUAUUUAAAUUCUGUUGAAAAUAUGAAAAAUCAACACAAUAAUGAAACCAGUUCAGGAUUGUCCAAUGACCUUAAUAAGACCUGUUCUAUUUGCAAUUUACACGACAAUAAUAAUGUCCUUUUAGAAUGUAGUAACUGUACAUUAUUGAUUCAUGCUAAAUGUUAUGGAGUUAAAGUUAAUGGGCAUUUUGGGAAUGAUGAUUCAACAAAAGGUUAUACCUGGUUAUGCGAUCCUUGUUCUAAUGAUCUCAAUCCAAUAAUAUCUACAAGCUAUAAAUGUGGCAUAUGUUCAUCUAAAGAAACUCUUUCAGGUGGUCAAAAAUUAUAUCCCGGAUAUACUCCCCAACAAGCGCUAAAAGCAACUUCCAAUGGUACCUGGUGUCAUGUAAUUUGUGCUCUGUAUGGUAAGGAAAUAAAGUUUGGGAAUAGUGAGUCACUUCAGCCAGUUUUGAACGCAACUUCAAUAAUGCAUGGAGAAUUUAAUAAAUGUGGCAUCUGCCAAGGAAUCGGAGGAGUUAUUGAAGCUUGCAUGGUAUGUAAUUACAACGCACAUGUUACUUGUGCUCAAUGGUCAAAACGAUUUAAAUUAGGAUUUCAAUAUGCUAUUUGCGAUGGUUCCACGGAGACAACACCAAUCAUUCACAAUUCAUCGAAUAAAGAACAGUUCUUACUACGUCCUAAGAUGGUUUGUAAAGUACAUCCGCAUCAAAAAGAAUUGCUUGAUUUCAAUCAUCAGUUGGAACGUCACAAAAAGACAUUAUUUGAAGUGUUUGUAGAAAGAUACAAAAUAAUGUCUAAUCACAGUGUAGUUCAGGCUAGAUAUCAAGAGCAAAAAAAGUUGUUACAAGGAAGUAUUCACUGUGAUUCCGAUGUUUCAAUGGUAAAAAGAGAUAGAGUUUACUCAAUGGAUAAUUCUUCAACUACUUGCCAGAUGACUAAAGCAAAUAACAAAGUUUGUAAACACUGUCUUACAACCAGAAGCAUAUGUUGGUAUGCCAACUCAAUAUGUCAUUCAUGUCAUGUUAAUAGUAACAAUGGGAAAUUUAUAGCAAAACAAAGUAUUUUUGAUUUUGACAUCAAUGACCACCAAGCAGAAUCGAAUUAUUUAUCCAAUGAGUCGAAACAAGCACUCCUUGACAGUGUCAAGUUAUUAAACGACAAUUAG